ACUUGAUAUUCCAUCUUGUUUAUUACCCGAAAAUAUAACCUUUUAUUAUUUUAAAAUCGUUUGUAUUUUCUUUAAAAUCAAUUAAAUGAACAAUUUACAAAGUAAGUUGAACCAUGUAUAUAAUAAAUCUCUUAUAUCCAGUGUGAAUAGCAGUGAAUCGUGGUAUUUUUAUUCAUAAUCUGCCAACUAGUAGUAUUUAAUUAGUGAAUUCACUACGCGUUUGGUACUCAUUUUUAUAGUUAGUGGCAUGUGCAGUUAUUUUCUGAGAUUUUAAGAUUAUUAUACAAUCGCCGGACUUCCUGGUGAGCUUGAAACGGAAUCUUUGGAUAUAACUGAUGUUUGUUUGCUGGCGUAAUAAUUAAACAAUCAUGUUUUGUGUACAAGAAUCAGACUCAGGGCUGAAUGACACAUUCUCUAAUGACAAGGACCCGUUGGACUCGGCCAGCCAACAGUCCGAUAGCGAUGACGAACACGAACCCACCGCCAAGCGCCCCAAGAUGGCAUUCAACUCAGGCAUCAACCUACAAGUAUACAAGAUACCAGCAUUCAACAUCCCAAAGUCACUGUCAAUAUUCCCUUCACCACCGACGUCAACGCUGCCAAUGUUUGUCAACAAUCCCUUAAAUUUAGCCAAUCCAUUAACCAUCACUGCAAACGGCAAUGGUAAUUACAAUCCAUUGAAACGGUACUCGUUACCAGCAAAGCUGCCAAUGACACCAUUCAAGGGUGGUCGCACAUCGCCACAGAAAGCUGUGUUCGACUCCGGAGGUGGUAUUGUGCGGUAUAAGAAAAACGGAGAAGUAGCUAAGAAGAGAGGGCCACCGAAAGGAUACAAACGGAAGCCUAAGCAAGAGGGUGCUAUGAUAAAUGUAUCUGGUAUGGCACCGUUAGCUACUUUAACUCCGGCACAGAACAUGAUCCUGACGGGUCUGCUGGCCAGCGCCAACGCGCCGCCCGCGACCAACGGCGCCACCCAAGAGCAGGUGACGCCGAAGCGGCCGCCGCAACUCACCAUCGUGCCGCAGAUUAAAGUGCCUCCUGGCGUGGAGCUGGUGGAGAUGGAGCUGGACCCCGCGGACUGGUUCCCCGAGGAGCCGUACAAGAUGUCCUUCAGCCGCAAGAAGAACCCCAAGUGGAAGAGCUUCCCGUUCCGCUGCGAACACUGCUUUAAGGGCUACCGCGUAGUUUCCACCCUCCUCCAACACGCGGCGGAGCGCCACGGCGCGGUCCCCCGAGCCCUCGCCAUCCCCUGCCCCUGCUGCCCGCACGUGUCCACGCGCCGCAACCGACACAAGCGCCAUCUGGAGACGCACGCGGGGAAGCGGCACCGGAUAUUCUGCCAGUACUGUUUGCCUCCACCUGACCCCAACGAGCCGUACGUGAAGGAAUCCGAAAAGUAUCCCUUUGACAAGUUCCCCCAGUAUUGGUAUGCCUCAGAAGAAUCACUGCGGCUGCAUAAGAAGAGAAAACACCCCUACGCCGCCAUGUUUAACUACAACUGGCAAUGCACUUGGGGCGACUUGGCGCCAAACAGCUAAGACUUCCUUAUUUUAAGGGUAAUUUUUCCAGCUGGCAACACUGUCAAGUUUUUUAGGUUGGCUGAAAGCAGGGUGAAUCUUUGCACGCUGUGAAAAAAGUAAGAAUUUUGCCGCGCUGUCAUAAAGUUUUUAAUGAAUGGUUUUUUUAAAAGCGAGUGUUUUUAUACCUACAAUUUUUUCAGAAUCUUUUAAUGUGUGUAGUACAGUAUAAUUAUUACUAUAAACAAGCGUAAAUGACGUAGCUAUCCCUGAAAUAUAAUAUUUUAUAGGAAUUGUAAUGGUUAGAGCAUUGUAUUAACAUAGAGCACCAAUAAAUAUGUGCCUUUCGCGUAAGGAAUUAGCCUUUUUAGAUAUUACCCAGUCAUAGAAUGAUGUAAAAUGUGAUUUACCUUUAACUAUACCUUUUUCAUGAAUCAUGAGCGUUGUUUAUACCUCGUUCAAGAAAUAUUUCGUAACCUCAGAAUAAAAGAGGCACAUCUCAAAAUUUCAUGAAAUUGAGUUACAAAAAAGAAUAGUAAUUUAAAGAAUAGUAUCAUCUGAUGAUAUGUUGCUCCUAGACGCUUCUUUCAUACCCCCAAUUCUAUGAAGCAUAGAUAUUAGACGAUAAAUGAAAAUGACAAUUUAAUUUAAUAAUAAUUUCUUGAACGGAGUAUAAACAAAUGAAGUGAUAUGUAAAAGGAAAAAAAAAGUAUGUAUGGAAAAAAUAAUAUACAUUCCUGGUUAGUAAAUAUUUUUGUAACUACGCUUUUUUAGAUUGUGUAACUCUUGUACAUAAAAAAAUACAUAAACUCUAGCUCUUGGAAAAACUUCGUGAGAUUGAUCAGUGUUCGACAUUUCACAAAAAAACAUAAAGCAAGAAAAUAUAAAUAUACAAAUUGAUGACCACGUAUAGGCAAACGUAUUGCCCUGCAAUCUAUUGGACCGACAACCGUCGAUAAGUAGCCGUCGCUCCAUCAUUGAAAAAUAUUGAACCUAAAAUGAAAAUGCCCCAAGGGAAAUGUGGUAGUGAUCUAUAAUUUCAUACAGACAAGUUUUUCUUACGAUUCUGAAGUACUUCCGUUAAAUUAAUCUUAUAAAGCCGAAUCACGCUUAAUACUAACAUGACAAUUAAAUGCAGUAUCUCUAUCUUAUGAACAAACGCAAUAAUAAAUAAAAAUACAGUUUAAUAUUUUAAGUCGCACCCUUUUAACGUGACUCCAAAACUUAGAAAUUGUUUUUUAUUUUCGAUUAAAACCAAUUGUUACUUUAUUUUGAAUAAUCUAAAAUUCGUUCUUAAAGUUCGCAGUACAUACUAGCAUAAAAUUAAAAUAUGAAUACAUAAGAACUUAGGCACUCCAAAAAUAUGGGAUGUCAUUGACUUUUGUGUUUCCUACCUCUUAGAAAUUGGCCAUGGUGGACCAAUAUAUAGCUAUUGAUGUAAAUUAUAAUUUAAAUUUAACCCAUUUUUAGUAUAAUAAUCGUACAAAUCUGAACCUAAUGUAUACCCACACCCUAGUAUUUAGAUAUUUUAAAUUGCAUUUAGUAAUUUUUUUUAAGUAUUUUAGCUCCCUAGUUUUAGUAGUGAAUCCGAUACGGUUUAGCAGUAUUAUUUUUUCAUGAUUGUUUUAACUAGGUACUCAUAUACACAUAACCCACAGUUAAUAACUCUUAGAUACCAAACGCAAUAUUUUUCGUUUCAUAAGUUAGGAACUUUUUUUAAAAUUUGGUCUAAGAUGCUUUAGAAUCAUUUCAGUUUUGGACAUAUUGAUAUUUACCAUCUAUAUUCGAACUAAUUUUUGAUUUAUUAACCAAGUAAUAGUGGUAAGACGCGAUAUCGCAAUUAUUUUAUUAACUACACAUUUUUUAUCUUUGAAAAUACUCCUUCACGCAUAAUAUUAUGUUGGUUUUAAAUAAAAUAUUUUAUCUGACGAUGCAAUGUUUAGAUAACAGAAAUCGCAAUUUUCGCAAUACUAAGAAAUAAACUAAAACUCAUAAUUUUUAAAUAUUUUUCCGAUCGUAAUUUCAUCACAAAAUUGUAAAUAGAUAUUAUAAUUUGUAAGAUUAUUUUUAGACAGCUUUUUACAACAUAUGACACCAAGUAUUAUAGAAUCAUGAGAUUUCGUUUUAGUUCUCUUACCUAAAAGACUGAUGUUUUUUUUUCGGGUAUUGAUACACUUUUUUAUUUAUGUCAUUGAUUUUGUGUAUCGCUCUACACAGCCUGUGAGAUUAAAAAUAUGAUUCGUCUUUUGAUAAAACAUGUCUACUUCUGUAAAUUAAAUUGUUAUCAUAACGCAAUAAUAAAAAUGGUAAGGUUUAAAUGUGCAUUAAUGUAAUUUAAACUGUAAUGUAAAUGGCUAAUUAGUACUACAGACUAUAAAGUAAUACCAACACAAACAUUAUAACGACAAAGUAUUAUUUGUUGCUACUGAUUUACUGGAUAUAAAUAUUUAGUAAUAACACAUUCUGCACCUUUCUUGCUUAAUUUCAUAAACAAAUGUGCCAUCAGUGAUGGAUUCUCUUAUGUAAAAACCCUCUGGUAUGUAAAAUAUUUAUAUUAGCAUUAAGGUAACGGUAGAGCAGCUGCACACCAUCUGAGAAUAUAAUUUUGAAAUGUCUUUCAUUUUUGACUAACUUAGCACUGGUACUUAGUGGCGCCAGCUAACAGAAACUAUCAUCAAACAUAGAAGAUUCUCAUUUUUCGAGCAGUUAAAAGUAGUUGUGUGUACCGCUAGGUGGCGA